UGGAUCAUCUCAUCUGCGCGCACUUCGCUUCGGUCGCUCGGUCGCUCCGUUAAACGCGGGGCCUCGGGAGACCGGAUACAGGUUAUUAUGGAAAUAUAUUUUAUUGCGGGAAAGAGGCGGGAGGGGCUCGCGCGCGUCAGUCUCUCCCGGCGUCGCUACUGUUUUGCUACUUUGUUGCUCCCUCAGGGGGGCGAUCAGGUGAUCGGCGAGCAGCAGCUCCUAAGGAUGUAUGACGGCGAACCCCACACCCACCGGCAGUCGCCAUGGGAACCGGCUGACGGCAAGCACUGCACCUGCGAACACAGGGAAGACUUGGCCGACGGAGCCGCAGCGUGAAGGCCUUUCUCACUGGGCGGCCUAAGGGCCCAUUGUCCGCCUCCUGCGCAGGCGUUGUCCAAUCAGAGCGUGAAAUGCAGUCAAGCCCCGCCCACCUCUUCAUGGCACUGGCACCUUAGGGCUGCGAUGGCAGCAAUUGCGACCACUGAUGCCCUGACCGUCACCCUGACCUCAGAGAGCCAGGAGCCAGGAGCCAGAGAGGCUGCCAGUGGAGGCGAGUUGCACCCGGAGCGCAGGGCUGCCACCGAGUGGGAGGAGCCAGGGGGGAGGAGGAGGAGCCAGUCUGAGGGCUGGGUCCAGCUGCAGAGAUACAGCCACACGGGCGACAAGGUGUUCCGCUGCUUCCAGCCGCGCUGCACAAAGGCCUUUGUGUCCAAGUACAAACUGCUCCGGCACAUGGCCACGCACUCUCCACAGAAGAACCACCGGUGUUCCGUCUGCGAGAAGAUGUUCCACCGCAAGGACCACCUGAAGAACCACCUGCAGACGCACGACCCCAACAAGGAGUCCUUCCGGUGCGGGGACUGCGGCAAGCUGUACCACACCAAGCUGGGCUACCGGCGUCACGCUGCCAUGCACUCGGCCACCAGCGGGGACCUCACCUGCAAGGUGUGUCUGCAGGGCUGCGAGAGCACGGCGGCGCUGCUGGAGCACCUGAGGGCCCACUCGGGCAAGCCGGCGGCGACCGGUGGGCUGCGGGAGCGCCGUCACCCCUGCGUCCACUGCGACCGCUGCUUCUACACGCGCAAAGAUGUGCGGCGCCACCUGGUGGUGCAUACGGGACGCAAGGACUUCCUGUGUCCGCUCUGCGCGCAGUGCUUCGGCCGCAAGGACCACCUGACGCGUCACGCCAAGAAGAGCCACCCGCAGGAGCAACUGGGGGCGAAGGCGGAGCCGCCGGAGCCGACACCCUCCGCCGGCCGGGUCAAGGAGGAGCUGGACCAGUUAGCCUGUAGCGGCGCCUCCAGAGCCAAGUGCUUCGCAGGGGGCUUCCCCGUGGGCCUGUACGACCCCCACCUGCAGCCGGCCCACCCUUCGCAGGCGUGCCUGCCGGGAGUGGACUGCCCCCACGGUCCCCUGCCCCUCCGCCUGUCCCAUCAUCACCACCACCACGCCCACCCUCUCCAACAGCAGCAGCAGCACCCCCCGAUGGCAGCGCCACCCCUUCCCAAGUACCAGUCUGGCUCUACCUCAUACGUCAAGAUGGAGAUGGACAGCUUCCUGAUGGACCUGCAGAGUGGGCUGCCUGUGCCGACGCUGGGCGAGCCCCGGGACCCCGAAGGCCCAUGUGGGGACGCUCUGCUCCCCAAGGGUGCGGCCGAGCCCGUGUGUGCCGGCAGCGCGGAUUUCUUCCACCUUCUGGGCUUCCUGCCGCUCGGCUCGCCAUCCUACAGCGGCCCCGUGGGCUCUGGACUGGUGAUGGGCUACGCCGGCUCGACCCCCGCAGCCCCCGCUCCUCCAGCGUCCCAAGCGGCCGAGGGUCUCGUGGCACCUCCGCCUGCCAUUUCGGCCCCACCACAGGAGGCUCUGCCACCGCUGCCUCUGGGGUUCAGCCCCACCCCGAGUGCCACCACCCUGCCCCGCUUCCACCAGGCGUUCCAGUGAAAGUCCACCCCCCAGGGGGGACAGGGCACGUCCCCUGGCACCACGCAGUAAAUCUUGAUCUGAAACAAGGGAGUUUCCAUGGCCUAGAUUGACCCUAGAUUUACCCUAGAUUUACCCCCAAUGCCCAGCCUGCAAGCAGAAAACAGAAGGUAGUGAGAGACCGAAAGCCUGAAACUGCUUGAAAGAGUCGAAAGUUUGCGCUGAAGUGAACAUUAGUGUAGAGGAGACGACGAUGUUCGGAAAACCUCGGUACUGUAGCUCCUGGGUCACGUGCGACACUUUUCUGGCUCAGGUUUCACCUGUUAAGAGCUCCGCCCCCUUCGCAUAGUGACCGUUCGGACUGUAACGUUCCUCAGCAUGGGGCGGGAUCAUGUGACACUUGUGUAGGUGCCGAUUGGCCGUGCUGUGUCACGUAUGAAGGCUCUGAUUGGCUGCGCUGCUGAACGUGAUGAUCAGUGGUUACGGAUGUGAAUUAAGGGUUUCUUUUUCAAACCAAAAUCAAAACAACUGACAACGUAAUGCAUAUGUACAAUUUUUAUUUUUUUUAACGAAAUAAGGGCUUUAAAGCAUCUGCCUACAACUGCCGUCACAGCUGUGCAGUCAGUGGACUAAAUGCCUGGAGGGGAAGAGAGCGGUUUGAGAGACUUGUGCCAACAAGGUGACAGAGAGGGUGGCCGGAAGGGGGCGGUACUGAGCGCAGCCCAGAGAAGCACUUUAAACAGCGAAGGCACUUAACAGCCACCCAGAGAAAGGAGGACGGGCAACGAGAAACAGCUCCUCUUGGAGCGCUGUCACAGCGACUAGUACGUUGUGUCCACAUCACCAUGGCAACUUCCCCAUUCCGUGAACACAAAUGGCCGCCACAGCCGCACAAUCAGUGUUGGAAUGUUGGCAUAUCACCAGUAGCUCCUUUUGUUGCUUUAAGGUGACAGAGGGACUGAACACGUGGUGUGUGUGUGUAUGCAUGCGUUUG